CAGAGUUUUCCCCUUUUGCAAGCUCUGAUGUCGUAUCGCGCUGACCCAGGAAACCCAAGAGCAGGGUUUAUAUUAAACCCCAAAGCCUAUUUGUCUGAAAAACCCUAAACCCAGAAUAUCUUUUCGUCUCCUUACUUCUCCUCUCCGCUAUGUCAACCAAAGGCCCUGCUCUCUUCUCUGACAUUGGCAAGAGAGCCAGAGAUUUGCUCAACAAGGAUUACAGCUCUGACCAGAAGAUCAGCAUCACCACUUACAGUGACACUGGCCUUGCCAUCAACUCCUCCUUGGCCAAGAAAGGGGGUCUCUCUCUUGGGGAUGUAGCAGCUCAGUACAAAUACAAGAAAGCUACGGUUGAUAUCAAAGCUGAUACAGAAACAACUGUCUCAACAAAACUCACCGUUACAGACAUCCUGCCUUCAACAAAAGCCAUUGCUUCAGUCAAAUUCCCUGACUACAAAUCUGGCAAGUUGGAAGCACAAUAUCUUCAUGAACAUGCAUCUUUCACAACAGCUGUUGGUUUGAACAAGUCCCCUGCCGUUGACUUUUCAGCAACCAUCGGUACCCCCACCAUUACUUUUGGAGCAGAAGCUAGUUACUCGACAGCUUCCAGAAGAUUUACUAAAUAUACUGCUGGUGUCAGCUUGUCAAAGCCAGAUUCCUCCGCUUCAGUAAUUCUGGCUGACAAAGGAGAUUCGAUUAAGGCAUCAUACCUGCAUCAUCUAAGCAAGCUGAAUGGGGGUGCUGUUGUGGGAGAGGUAAGUAGAAGGUUUUCCACAAAUGAGAACACACUCACAGUUGGAGGUUCGUUUGUGGUUGACCCUCAGACUACAGUAAAGGCAAGGCUUAACAACCAUGGGAAUCUUGCGGCUCUUUUGCAGCAUGAGCUUAGUCCCAAAUCCACCUUCACAUUCUCUGGUGCCUUGGACACGAAGACCUUACAAAAGGAGCCGAAAUUUGGUUUGGCACUCUCCCUCAAGCCUUGAGCAGAUAUAUUGACUUUAAGAUAUAGAUUAUUCAAUUGGUUACAUCCACACAAAUUGUGAGUUUUCUGGUGUGGUUCAAAUAGAAACCUAUAUUAGAUUUGCUAUAGCUAUAGGCAAUAUGUCCUGGUUGUGUUAGAACUAUGUUUACGUGAUUUGAUAAUGAACCUUUCAUAUAGUUAAUUGUUAUUCAUCCCCACGUUUUUCUCUU